UCUGUGUUGAUCUGUCCUGGCAGUUUCUGUACUCUCAUCAGUCAGCGUAGCUGGCAUCCCUGGAAGGCGACAUCAUGAUCUCCACUUUCAUAGUGCUGUUUCAUCUUGGGCUGAGUCUGGAACCCAGGACCACAACGAUGGCAGGAAAAUUUCCCGUACCCACCGUCUGGGCUGAGCCAGACUCCGUGGUCACCAAGGGACAGUCUGUUACUAUCUGGUGUCUUGGGACCGAGGAAGCCCAGGUGUACUAUCUGUAUAAAGAGGAAGGUUCAAAAUCCUUGAAGCCACAGACUGUAUUUGAGCCUGGGAACAAGGCCAACUUCUCCAUUCCAUUCACAACGGAGUAUCACGCAGGACUAUACCACUGCUACUAUUAUAGCCCUGCUGGCUUAUCAGAAAAGAGCAAUGUCCUAGAGCUGGUGGUGACAGGAUUCUACAGCAAACCCAGUAUCUCAGCUCUGCCAAGCUCUCUGGUAACCUCAGGAAGGAAUGUCACCCUCCAGUGUAGCUCACAUCAGGGAUAUGGAAGGUACGUCCUUACUAAGGAAGGAGAACAGAAUGUGUCCUGGACUCAGAACUCACAGAAACACCCCAAUGGACAUUUUCUGGCCCUGUUUCCUGUGGGACCAGUGACUUCCAAACACAGCUGGGCCUUCAGGUGCUAUGGAUACUACAAGAGAACCUCCCAGAUGUGGUCGGUACCCAGUGAGACCCUGCAGCUCCUCCUUUCAGAUUCACACUCACAAGAUCACACAGUGGAGAAUCUCAUCAGGAUGGCUGUGGCUGGCUUGAUUCUGGUUGCUCUUGGGAUUUUUCUGUUUGAAGCUCAAAAGAGCCAGAGAAGUCCUCAAGAUUCAGGGUGGAAAGAGAAUAUAAAUGAGGUCCAAAUGCAUCUAGUUGGGGAACCUUAUGCUGGAGGCUCCCAAGCCAACAUCUCUACAGCUCCUGUGACUGCAGCACAUGCUGUGACCUACAGAUGUUAUAGUUCUUCUAGUCAACAUUCCCAUGUGUGGUCACACCCAAGUGACACACUGGACAUUGUAAUCUCAGUGCUGCCAGGCAUUGCGGUCUCCUUCAUCUGUGGAUUUGAACCUGUGGAAGGAAACACCAUGAUUACCAUCCUCACUGUCCUGUUUUGCAUUGGAAAUACUCCUCCAGGCCUGAGUCUGAGCCCCAGUACUACCAUAGUGCAGAAAGAAACACUCCCCUCACCCAUCCUUUGGGCUGAGCCAGGUUCUAUUGUCUCUUGGGGGAAGUCGGUGACCAUCUUGUGUCAAGGAAAUAUCCAGGCACGGGAGUACUACUUGAAUAAAGAAGGAAGAACAUCACUCUCGCACAGGCAGACCGUAAUGGAGCCUGGGAACAAGGCUAUGUUCCCCAUCCUAUUCGUUACAGAGCUCUAUGCAGGACGAUAUCGCUGUUACUAUGAGAGCCUUGCUGGUUCUUCAGAGCACAGUGACAUGCUGGAGCUGGUGGUGACAGAUGUCUAUAGUAAACCUAGCCUGUCAGCCCUGCCCAGUUCUGUGGUGGCUCCAGGAGAGAAUGUAACCUUUCAGUGCGUCUCAUGGUUGGGAUUUGAAACCUUCAUUCUGACUGAGGAGGGAGAAAACAAGCUCUCCUGGACUGGUGACUCACAGAGACAUCCAAAUGGGCACAUGCAGGCGCUUUUUCCUAUGGGUCCCGUAAGCCCCGGCCACGGGCGGAAGCUCAGGUGUUACGGGUAUGACAAGAGCAAUGCCCUAGUAUGGUCAGCACCCAGUGAACCCCUAGAGCUCAUAAUCUCAGGCUCACAUCUCCAAGAUCACACAGUGGAGAAUCUUACCAGGAUCACAUUGGGUGGCUUGGUCCUGUUGGUUCUUGGAAUUCUGCUAUUUGAUGCUCAGCACAGCCAAAGCACGAGAUGUAGCCAGGAGGUGAACAACGGAGACAGCGGUACUCAUCUCAGAGUGGUGGAAUAA